GCGGCCUGAGGCGGACCGGGCCCGGCGCGGCGAGUUGGAUUUGGAACGAAAGCAAAAUGGCUCGAGGACGCAAGAGCAAUAGCAUCAAACAGAGCGACUUCACUAACAGCACCAAUCCUCAGGAUUUAGAGAGAAGACUUUUUGUCGGCAAUUUGCCCACAGACCACAUGACUCGUGAAGAAAUGGAAGAGAUAUUUUCAAAAUAUGGCAAAAUCAGGGCCCUCAGCAUGUACCAUGGCUAUGGGUUCGUGCAGUAUGACCGUCUAGAAGAUGUCCAGGCCGCUCUGGACGGUGAGAAGGGUCGCCUUUAUAAAGGGUAUAGAUUAGAUAUUAAUAAAGCAGCGGAAAGAAGAAAUAUGAAUAAGGCUUCAUCAAGGUCCAGUCCGGCACGAAGAGAGCCAUACGCCUACGGGGAUGGCCGAGAUGCCAGACGCGACCGCUCCCCUCUUCGGGGGAGCCCACGGAGAGACCCCAGAGAUGGCAGGGAUGGUAGAAACGGGCGAGAUUCCAGAGACACUCGAGACCUCCGAGCUAGAGACAUGCGUGAUGCCAGAGACCACAGGGACCCACGGGACCUGCGAGACCCCCGGGAUAUCAGGGACCCAAGAGACUUGCGGGACCCUCGUGAUGUUAGAGAUCUUCGUGACCCACGGGAGCCGCUGUAUGAUCGAUACAGGGAUCCACGGGAUAUGAGGAAUCCAAGAGAUGUGAGGGAUCCACGGGAUAUGAGGGAUCCACGGGAUAUGAGGGACCCUCGGGACCCUUUGUACAGACGAGAUGAAGCUUAUGACCGUUACCUUCGCCUUGAAGACUACUAUCGGCGGAAGGAUGACUCUUACUACGACCGUUACAAAGAGCAUUUUGAUAGAGCACCAGUGAAUUCAGAAGACCGUCUGAAGCGUGAGGAGCGGCGCCGAGAGGAGCUGUACCGUCAGUACUACGAGGAAAUCAAGAGACGUUUUGAUGCAGAGAGACCUGUGGAUUGUUCUGUGAUAGUGGUGAAUAAACAGACAAAGGAGUACGCGGAGUCAGUGGGGCGGAAGGUGCGGGAUCUGGGCAUGGUAGUGGACCUGAUCUUCCUCAACACAGAGAUGUCACUGACGCAAGCCCUGGACGAUGUGAGCAGAGGAGGGUCUCCUUUUGCCAUUGUCAUCACCCAGCAGCAUCAAGUUCACCGCUCUUGCACUGUUAACAUCAUGUUUGGCACCCCACAAGAACACCGCAACAUGCCCCAAGCUGAUGCCAUGGUGCUGGUGGCAAGGAAUUAUGAGCGCUACAAAACAGAGUCACGGGAGAAGGAGCGUGAGGAAAUCGCCCGGCAGGCUGCCAAGAUGGCAGAUGAAGCUGUUCUGCAGGAGAGGGAGCGCCCACCCCCCAUGGAGGAGGGUGUCAGAGGAGGUCACCCUCCAGGGAUUCAGACUCUCUUGAACCUGCUGGCAGACAAUCGCUAUCUAACUGCUGAGGAGACUGAUAAAGUAAUUAAUUACUUGAGAGACCGGAAGGAACGGUUACUGAGAGGAAGCACGGAUUCUCUGCAGGCAUCCAUGUCAAGACAGUCUUUGGGGGCACCUUCAGGAUCAUCUCUGGGUAGUCAGUCCAGCCUUCCAAGCUCUCAGGCUCAUCAGGGUUCACAGCCUCUGGUCUCUGCUCCUUCUGUUCCAGUGUCCUCUUCUAAUCCUCAGCAGGAGCUUCAAGCAAAAAUCCUCAGUCUCUUCAACAGCGGGGCGGCAGCGGCAGCAGCUGCUGUAGCAAACAGCAGUUCAGCAGCCUCUGUGGGCGCUUCGGGCGGCACCCCGAACCAGAACUUUGCUAACAUGGCCAGCGGUCAGGCCCGGUCAGCACAGAUGAGUGCUGGAAAUUUAAACCAGGCUCAGCAGAGAUUGCAGACUCCAAGCACGCAGCUUCCUGCUCUCCAAGGCCCUUCAAGAAAUGCAGGUCCAAGACCUGGAGCUCCUCCACAAGCUCAGUCACUCUAUGGUCAGCACCAAAAUCGCCUCCCUGCACCUGGCAACGUACCUGCUCAAAGGCCAGUAUCUUCUGGUAUCAACUUUGACAACCCUAGUGUACAGAAAGCCUUGGACACCCUUAUCCAGAGUGGUCCUGCACUCUCCCACCUAGUGAGCCAAACCGUGGCCCAGGGGCGAGCAGGGUCCUCAGCCCAGCAACCUAUGGGCUCCUAUCAGCGACACUAUUAAAGCUGAGCUGUCAGGCCCUUUCCCCUUCCCUUUGCCAUUCCAUACUUAUAGCUGUUUAAAGAGUCUCCUGUCCUUGACACGGGACUAAUGCCCCUGGAUAUGCAUGUCCUCUCCACUUUGGCGAGAGUGUACCCCCAGUGGCAUUGCUGCUGACCGUUGCUAGCGCUGCCCUUCCUCACCUUGGUCUGGUUAGCAGUGUUUGGAGAAGUAUGCUGUAUUUUCUCAGCGGCACGAUGUGCUAAGAGCCGCUUUGGAUAAUCGGUUGUUUUGUCCAGUCCCAGAAGCUGCUGCAAUGACAGUCCUUCUUCAUUUUCCUCACUCGCAGUAGCUGGUGCAUCUUCACAUUGCGGUGCAGUCUGGUCUCGCUGAGUGGUCUUGGUAUAGUUUUGGGACAGUGGUUUUGAAGAAAUAGGGGACUGAACAGGGCGGUAUGCUGAUGGCGCCUUCUUGGAGACCCACCUUUUUGGAAUGGGCACUAUUUUUCUCUGGAUUUCUUUUUUUAUUUCUUUUUUUAAAGGCAUAUAAGCAAGUUGGAAAGUACAGUGGUAGCGCUAGCAGCUGAACUCAUGAAGCACACACCUGACCACUACUCAGUAAUCCAGGACCACGCCGUUUGGUCCUUCCGUAGCGAAACGCUCCUCACUUCGCCCAGCUCAUGGAAACUGGCAGCUUUGGUCUGAGUACUGUGGCAGAUCUGAAACACAAGAGCUUCCAGCCAAGGCAGAGAUUUCAAAUGGUCUGUCAAUUUUCCUACACCAAGUAGUCAGUAUUAAGAUCAGUAUGUUAAAUUUGGCAUAUGAAUUUCCUUUUCUUAUAAUCUGCUUUGGGAUGGUUGGUUACUGUAGCCCAACAGUUCAGCUGCAGCCACGCUGAUGUGCUGCUGGCCCUCCCUUGGGAAUACCUGCAGCCAGUUACCAGGUGGUGAAUGUCUGCUCUCUGAAACUUCAUCUCACUGUUGAUGGGUGUUUUGUCCAUCUAAGGUGGAGAGGCAGUGCCAAGAUGCAAUACCAUAAUUUUACACAUUUUUUUCAACACUUCGGUAGCUGCAGCAGACAGUUGAGUGGAAAAUGGGGCAGUGAUUCUUCACCGUGUUUUUAACCAGUAACAUAUUUUGAUACCAGAACACAAAACAUCUCUUAACUAUGUGGUCCUCCCCAUCACGGCCUUCUUAGAGUCUGUAGGCUUCCUGCAGAGAACCGAAAGAAACUAAGAAAGCAGUGUUCUUGGAGCAGAGGAUUUUCUUUGUCCCAGGUGGUUUGUGUUGUAGCAUUUUUUUUCUCUCUGUGCUGUUAACAAGAGGACAUUACUUUUUAAUAAAAAGGCAGGAAAAACGUUUUGUUGCAUU